UUACUAGAGCAUCUCGCGAAGGGUCAGAGGACCCUGGCCGGGGAGGGCAUGUCUCAGAUCGUACGGAGUCUCCUGGAACUCUUGCAGAGAAGGAACUACUACAGUGGUGACCUUCUCUUCUCCACGGAGAUCCUACGAAAUGUGACUGACACCUUCAAAAGAGCAACCUACAUCCCAGCUCCCGAUGACGUGCAGAAAUUCUUCCAGAUUGUCAGCCACAUGUUGGACUUAGAAAAUCUUGAGAAAUGGGAGGACGCUCACCAGGUCGCUCCCGGUGCUGCUUUGCUCAUGAGGAUAUUAGAAGACUUUAUUCACCUCAUUGGAGAAGCCCAGAAGCCCUUUCAGAGUUUUCUGGUGGUUACAAACAACCUCAUGAUAACCAUCCAGAGAGAGCCGGUGUCAGCAGUUUCGAGUGAUGUCAACUUUCCUAUGAAAGGACGAAGAGGGAUGAAGGACUGGGCCAGGACAGCUGAAGACAAGCUCUACAUACCUAAAGAAGUUUUUACCAUCCCCACUGAGGAGACAGAAUCAGACAUAGAAUCCCCAAUGUACUACGUCAUUGGUGCCAUUUUGUACAGAACGUUGGGCAACAUCUUACCUGGACCAAUUCACCCUGCAGUGAUCAAUUCUAAGAUCCUGACCGUGACAGUGAGACCUGAACUACAGCCCAGUGAGCCCAUGGUUGUGGUGGAGCUGUCACCACUUUUAAAUGGUACAUCAGAUCCUCAGUGCGUUGUCUGGGACUAUGGCAACCCGGAGGCUGGCGCAGAAAACUGGGGCACAGAAGGCUGCCAAACGCUUGCGUCAAACACUGUCCACACCAAAUGCUUGUGCAGCAGGAUAUCCACCUACGCCGUGUUAGCGCAGCAAGCUAAAGACCCGGACAUGGGUCCUACCAGCAUGCCCUCGGUGCCCCUCAUGGUGGGAUGUGGGGUCUCCUGCACCGCUCUCCUCAUCAUGCUGCUAAUCUAUGCUGCCUUCUGGAGGUAUAUCCGCUCUGAGAGAUCAAUAAUCUUGGUGAACUUUUGUCUCUCCAUCUUGGCCUCCAAUUUGCUGAUCUUGGUUGGACAAUCUCAGACUCUCAGCAAGGGACUGUGUACGGUGACGGCUGCCUUCUUGCAUUUUUUCUUCUUGGCGUCCUUCUGCUGGGUGUUGACGGAGGCGUGGCAAUCCUACCUGGCUGUUAUAGGCAAAACCAGGUCACGAAUCAUUCGCAAACGUUUCCUGUGCCUCGGCUGGGGUCUCCCAGCCCUCGUCGUUGCCGUGUCGGUGGGUUUCACCAGAGCAAGAGGUUAUGGCACUGCCAGCUACUGCUGGUUGUCUUUAGAGGGAGGCCUGCUUUAUGCCUUUGUUGGUCCUGCUGCUGUCAUCGUAUUGGUAAACAUGCUGAUUGGAAUUGUGGUGUUCAACAAGCUCAUGUCUCGAGAUGGCAUCUCGGACAAGUCAAAAAAGCAGCGAGCAGGUGUUCCGGCGGAGGCGCGGAGCCGACUGCUCCUGAAAUGCUCCAAGUGUGGCGUGAUCUCGAGCACCGCUCUGUCCAGCUCGACGGCCAGCAGCGCCAUGUCCUCUUUGCUGUCUUCGACUCUGUUCAAGGUUUUGUCAUCAUUACUGUCCACUGUGCCAUGCGCCGAGAGGUGCAAGAUGCAGUUCGUUGUCGAAUGGGGGGAUGUAAAGACGACAGUGAAAACUCCCCUGACUCCUGCAAGAAUGGACAGGUGCAGAUCAUGACGGAUUUUGAGAAGGAUGUGGACUUGGCUUGUCAAACAGAAAGAGGACACCCAUUCAUUUUCAAAGAGGUUAACACCUGUAACCCAGCUACCAUCACUGGAACCCUGUCUCGAAUUUCCCUGGAUGAUGAGGAUGAUCCCAAGCUUGCAUCCCAUCAGGAGGGGGGAGUAGGGGUCAACUUCAGCUCUCUCCCUGGUAACAUCCCACCGCCAAACCUCAUUGUACAGGUUCCAACUUUAGGAGGUCUUAAUGAGCUCAACGAGUCCCCCCUGAAGAAGGAGGUGAACUUGGAUCAGCAGAGGCAGCCCAGUCAACAACGCAGCACAGCUCCAAUCUACCUGUGCACUGAGAGCGGCCUGGGCUGGGCUCGACCACCAACUUCCUCCAACAACUCCCAGGAUGGCAGUGCAGGAAGUGGGGGAAGUGGAAGUGGAAGCGGAAGCGGCGGUGGAGGAGGGAGUGGCGGCGGUGGAGAGGGAGAUUACAUGGUCUUGCCUCGUAGGACGGUCAGUCUCAAACCUCCUUUGCCCUCCUCACAAAGAGGAGGCCUGGGACUGGGUGGCGAGGACAAGCCUCUCAACAUCGCAGUGGAGGACCCUCCUUUUCCCCCGCCCCCCUCUCCUCUGACCCUCCACCCAGCAGAGAGCGAGGCCUAUCCUGCGGAUUUUGUGCCGUCCAGCGUGGGGGACAUGAACAUCACCAUGAACCUAAACCGCUCCUAUGGGACUAUCAAAACCAUCCCCCACGGACAUGGACACUUGAUGGCUCCGGGGAGUCAUAUGCACUCCCAUGGAGGACACAUGCAUUCCCACGGACAUUCACUCCACCUAAAGCCAGGCCAGAGGCCAUCGGUCAGACAGAUUCUGACAGGGGGAAGUACAGUGGAGAGAACCCGAACCCUGCCACGCAAUCUGGGGAGCUCCAAUGCCAACACCAGCCUCUCCGCAGGAUCCUUAGAGAGGAAAAGAGUACGGUACUCUGAGCUGGACUUCGAGAAAGUGAUGCACACUCGCAAAAGACACUCUGAGUUGUACCAUGAGCUCAACCACUCGUCCAAGUUCCACACCAUAGACAGGUAUAACAGGGACCCCGCCAUGUCCACAUUCAAGAGGGAAAAGAGAUGGAGCAUUUCGUCUACCGGAGGUGAAAAGAACUCCUUGAGUGACAAGUCAACCCCCGAGGACCAGAGCUCCUGGAAUAGCUUCAAGACCAUGACCCCCGAGCUGUCCAUUGUGCCUGGGGAGCAGAAGGACCGCCUGGAACUGCACAAUAAGAACUGGGACUCAUCCUCGGCUAACACACCGGACUCGUCCGAGGGAGACUUUCAGACUGAAGUGUGAAGACACGCAGACACAGACUCACUCAAACACAUGCAAGCUCAUGUUGAGAUAAAGAUGCACACAGAGAUACUGGACUCCUCAAAAAAUAUACAAAGGUACAAUUUUUUUAAAUUUUUUUUUUCUUGCAAGGAACUCAAACACUCUGCUCCCUGUCUCAUGCAUUGUGCUUUGUUGGACCCCAUACUGUAUUUGUUUACAGCUGCAGAGGACAGAUAUGAAAGGAGAACUGUUCUACUUUAUAUUUUCGCAAAGACUAUUGAAAAGAAAAAAAAAACAUGAGCUGGACACGUCUGUGACUGAAGACCAUUUUUAAAUGAACUUAAAGGAUUGAAAAAAUAAUCUAAUUUCUGGAAAAAUAUUGAUUUUAUUCUGAAGAUUAAAAAAAUGUCUUUCAAGUGUUGAUGACUUGGGGUGGGCAGUGUGGGGAGGGGAGAAAGAAAAAAAAAGAAUAUUUCUGCACUUCUAUUGUUUUGUUUGAUUUUUACAGCAAAGGGAAAAUAUCUCACUGAUGUUUCUCAUGCUGAUAAUACACCCACCCCAGAAUAAGGCAACCUACUGUCUUUUAUUUUUUCCCCCCUUUCUAAAAGAUGACAAAAAUGUUCACUCGUUCAGUA